AAAAGUUUUCUCAGUCAAUUUCCUCAUGAAGAUCACAUUGACUUCAGGAAUAUAUCAGAUCCAACACAAAAACCUUGAAAACCCACUUAGGGUUUUGAGUGUUUUGCAUUUGGGGCUCUAAUAAUUUACUUAUUUUAUUAUCUUUACUGUUGGGCCCAUGGUAGUAAGUAAAGGUAAGGGGCUAUAAUUUUUCGACAUUGGGUUGUUUUACUUGGCAUAUUGGUGAUGGCACCAAGUUCAAAAAUUGCAAAGGCCUGCAAGGCAAUGAAGGUUAUUGGCAUUUCUGAAGAAACCGUUAAACCAGUUUUAAAGAAUCUUUUGGAUGUGUAUAACAAAAACUGGAAGCUUAUUGAAGAUGAAAACUACAGAGUUCUUAUCGAUGCUUUGUUUGACCACGAGAUCCCAAAGAAAGGGGAAACGAGAAAACAUGAAUCUUGGUCCAAAGUUGAACCUGAAGAAAGUGAACCACCAUUAAAAAGAACUCGAUUGAGAGGCCAAACAGAUCAGUCUUCAUCCUCUGCUGGUAAUCACAGCCCAGGUCUUGGAAAAACUUUUGGAAGGACACCAAAGGAGGCUUAUGUGUCUCAAACUCAUUGCAAGGAGAAAAUAGAUGUGUCCCCUCAUCUGUGUCUCGUAGACAAAAAAUUUGAAUCAAGUCCAUCUGAGCAGUUCUCUAGUGACAGAAGAACCAAACCUGAACAUCUUUCAUCUCCAACACAUGUGCAAGAUGAUGAAGAGGUAACUCAGUUUCAGUUUGUUCAAAAGGGGAAAAAAUUGAAAUGCGAAAGAGACACACAAUGCUUUUCCUAUGAAGAGCCAAAAGGUAUACCUGUUGUGGAUCUUUCUGAUGAGGAGAGUGUGCUUGAUAAACAUCAUAACAAUGCUGUUAUUAUCAAACGUGAAAGAGAUGCUGAUGAGCUGCCACAGUUUGAUGUUCCUCUUGCUAUUGUCCGCCCAGCGGCUCCUCUCAGUUUGGCACAUGAAGAUGGUUUUACAAAUGGGAGUUCUUCAAAUGUUAGAGAAAAUGACGGGGAAUUCUUGGGAACAAAGCAACUAAAUUCUGAAGUUGUAGUUCCUCCCACUCUGCUGUUAUUAUGUGAAGAUGGUUCUUCAAAUGAGAAUUGUUCUGAUGUUGAACGAAAUGGGUUGGAGCUCCUGGAAUAUAAACAGUUGGAUACAGAGGACAAAGGCGAUGAUUGUGCAUCAGAUUCAUCACAAUUUGACAUUGCUUCCUCUCCUCAGGGAAAUGUGAAAAUUUCCCUGAUCUGUAACUCUUCUCGGCAAUCUGGUUUUCGUAUUCCAAGUUUAGAUGCAGUUUUGAAAUUGGUGGAGGAGAAAUAUAUUAAAACAUACAGAAUUACUGAACCUGGUUUCUCUGUGGUGAAGCUGAUGAAAGAUGUCUGUGAAUGCUUCUUGGCAGAAGGCACCAAUUGUACUGAUGAUGGACAAGUAAGAUCCACAAAUUUAACAUCAUCACUUGCUAUAUCUAAGAAAUUAAGUGCACAAGAUGUUCUGUGUGGCAGAGUCUAUGAAGGCAAUUUCUGCAUUCCACCAAGCUUUCCAAACGAACCAUUUAGAUUUAGGAAUUUUAUUGAGGUGCUUCCCCAGAUUCCUAGGGUUCUUACUUCAACUAGUUCCAAUGUUCUUAACUACAUUACAGAGUUGAAUGUAAAUGGGAAUAGCUAUUGCGGAAGGGAUAUAAAGAUUAAGGCACUGGAAGGUUUAGGACCUUCGAAUCCAAGCAGUCUGGUGGUUGUUCAGAAACACAACUCAUGUCUUGAUCCUUUAAAGGUUUCACAUCACAUUGAUGACAUUACCAAAGGUGCAGAGAAUGCUAAAAUCUCAUUGGUAAAUGAAAUUACUGAUGAGUGUCUGCCAGAAUUCCACUACAUUCCAAGGAACAUAGCUUAUGAAAAUGCAUGUGUGAAGUUCCUUCUUGCUCGUAUAUCGGAUGAAAAUUGUUGUUCAAAUUGUGUUGGGGAUUGUAUGUCACUUAUCGUACCUUGUGCUUGUGCUGGUGAGACAGGGGGUGAGUUUGCUUACACACAUGGCAGGCUAGUUGAGGAGAAGUUUCUGGAGAAAUGUAUUUCACUGAACUGUGAUCCUGGACAGCACCGCCUGUUUUAUUGCAAAGAUUGCCCUCUAGAAAGGUCUAAGCAUAAAAGGGUAUCUGGCCCAUGCAAGGGCCAUUUAGUGAGACAAUUUAUAAAAGAGUGCUGGUACAAAUGCGGAUGCAGUAUGAAGUGUGGAAACCGCUUGGUUCAGCAAGGCAUAACAGUGAAUUUGCAGGUGUUUAUGACACCCAAAAAAGGUUGGGGUGUUAGGACACUUGAGGACUUACCGAAAGGUACUUUUGUAUGCGAAUAUGUGGGAGAAAUUGUGACCAACACAGAGCUAUUUGAGAGAAAUACUCAAAUGAGUGGAAGAGAGAAGCACACGUACUCUGUGCUACUAGAUGCGGACUGGGGUUCAAAGGGUGUGCUAAAGGAUGAAGAGGCUCUCUGUUUGGAUGCAACAGUCUAUGGAAAUGUUGCAAGGUUUCUCAAUCACAGAUGUUUUGAUGCUAACUUGGUUGAGAUCCCAGUUGAAGUUGAGACACCGGACCAUCACUACUAUCAUCUUGCUUUUUUCACAACAAGAAAAGUUGAUGCUUUGGAAGAGUUAACAUGGGACUACGGUAUCGACUUCAAAGAUCAUAGUCAUCCAGUGAAAGCAUUCCAUUGUUGUUGCGAAAGCAUGUUUUGCCGAAAUAUGAAACAUCCAAAGAGAAAUAGAUCCAGUUCAUGAAUUUUCAAGUGCUCACAAGGAAAAUAUUACUGAGGAAGCUAGCUGUGGCUCUCUCUCAAUCACUCCCUCUUAUAGAGCAGUCUUAUAAUUGAUGAAAAUACAUAUUACAAAUAGUUGUAAUGAAUUCUGAUUUCGCCUUUAUGAUACUGUGGCAAAGGCUAAUAGAAUUAUAUAUAUACAUAGAUUAAUAGAAUAUUAUUACAAAUAGUUGUAAUGAAUUCUGAUUUGGCCUUUAUCAGAAUUAUUUAUAUACACAGAUAUAUAUAUAGCAAACUAUAUUUUAGAUAUAUGUAUUGGGCAUUUUCAGAUCUGAAG